UAACCAUAUUUAUAUACAUAAAUAUUUAGUCAUUGUGAAUAGAUUAUGUACAUAUAAGUAUCGAAACAAUGAUAAUCGAAGUAAUAUAAAUUAAUAGUAGAUAAAUAUCAGGACAUGAUUCAUUUUAUACAUUAUAUUUAUAUAAUAUAUCAUCAUAUGAACAUAGUAUUAUUGGAGUGAAUAAACAAUUGUAGAAUUCAGGGGGUACAAAACCAUUCGGGAUUAUGAACAGUUGAUGUUGCGAUACAUAGACCAGUGUUGUGUGGAGUGCCUUCCAGGCAUUUCUUUCCGUCCUACAAGAUGAUGUCCAUCAAAUUCGAAUUCGACGAUAACGGUGUCGCCAUCAUCGUAUUCGAUUCAUACAGAUUCUACCGCACAUCCUAUAACAAGGCUCGGAAGGCUUACAUUUGGAAUUGCGUCAACAAAAAGUGUAAGGCCAAGAUAUACGUUACAAAGGACACAUACUUGGUAGUGAAAGAAGUCGGUUCACACAACCAUCAGGAAACUUCACUUUCACAGGCAAACAGCAGUAUCAAAAAAGAGUGCUUGUACAAAAUCCUGGUCAUCGGAGAGCUGGGUACCGGUAAGACGUCCAUCAUAAAGAGAUACGUCCAUCAGUUCUUCUCGCAACACUACAGAGCCACUAUUGGAGUUGAUUUUGCAUUAAAAGUACUCAACUGGGAUCAGAACACUAUAAUUCGGCUGCAGUUAUGGGAUAUUGCUGGUCAAGAACGUUUUGGCAACAUGACUAGAGUCUACUAUAAAGAGGCAGUUGGUGCUUUCAUUGUCUUUGAUGUUACUCGAGCAAGCACAUUUGAUGCGGUGGUGAAAUGGAAGCAAGAUUUAGAUGCAAAGGUACAACUUGCCGAUGGAAGCCCAAUACCAUGUGUCUUAUUGGCCAACAAGUGCGACCAGCAAAAAGAAGGAAUAGUGAAUAAUCCUAAUAAAAUGAAUGAGUACUGCGAAGAACACAAAUUUUCCGGUUGGUUUGAAACAUCAGCUAAGGAAAAUAUAAAUAUAGAAGAAGCCGCAAAAACAUUAGUCGAUCAGAUUGUGCGCAAUGAUAGCUCUAAUGAAAACGGCCGGGGAGGAUCACGAGAUUCAUCAAAAUUUCCACUAGAAUCAUCUGAAGAAUUUUCAGAAGGAAAAUCUUGUGCCUGCUGACAGUGUCUUGAAAAGUUAAAGACUGUUUUCAAAUCCUGCUAUUUCAGAAAUACAGGGUUCCAACCGACGAAACCUAUAAAAUGGAAUAUCCUCAGUCUACAUAUAUUGCAUUCCUAGGCUGUUUAUUACAGCAUUUAUUUAAAGUCUUUUUGCUCAAAGUUUCAUUCAAGGGAGCAGUGUAAUAUAUUAAUUUUGUAUAUGUAUACAUUGGCUAAAAUGAAAUGAAAAAUCAUUUUGUGUCAGUUAAUUGAAUGGGUAAUUUAUUUAUAGAGUGAAGCGUUAUCGAGCUACAGCCAUUUUUUAUAUCUUUUAUUAAUCUUAAUUUGGUAUUUCAAUUGUUUUAGCUGAGAGUAUGCAUAAUAACAUAAAUGUACAUAAAAUAAAUAUGUUUUUAACAUUUUAAAUUAUUUUAUGAAAUUUUCUUUUUGUUAGUUAAAAUUUAUAAGAAAUAGUAUAAAUCUAUGGUGUUGUUAAAAGAUAUAUUGAUGUUUACUUAGUAAGUCGAUGUGCCAUUAAGUUGUUAAAAUUAAUACUUUUAUUUUUAAAAUGACUUGUUUAAUUAUUUUUUUUUAUAUAUUUUCUUUGAGGUAUAUAAUUUUUAUUAUAAAAAUCACCUUUGCUAUAAUUCACAAGAAUAUUUUAUUAAGUGGUUAUUCACUACCACUGUUAAGUGAUAUUAUAUAUGCAAUCCUUUUUGAAGCUACUCAAUAAAUUCAAAUAAAAACCAAAUUUGAAUGAACUUUAUGCAAGUGUUAUAUACUCAUAAAAAAUAAUGAGACAUCUUGUCCUGAUAUAUUUUCUCAUGUAUUUUCAUGAUUAAAAUAGAAUAUGUUUUGUAUAUUAUAAAUAUUAUUAUAAUUAAAUGCAAAUAUUGAAAUGUUA